AUGUUCAAGGACAUCUUAACGUCCUCCUCAGAUACCGGGGAGGACAGUGUUCUGAGAGGUCCAAAGGAGGACAAUCCUCCCCACGGAGGACGUUCUGUGGAAAGCCGUCGGGAAUGUAUACCACGAGCCGGAAAGGACACCCCUUAUUGUGUUUGCAACGCAACGGUUUGCGACGAUUUAGAGGCCGUAACCAAAGCUCCGAAGGGAACGGUAUUACUGUUUGAGACCAACAAAGCCGGGGAACGACUCAAACAAUCGACGCUUAAAAUACAGUCCAAACAAAAUGUUGAUAGCGAGACAAACGACGAAACAAUUGUAUUGACUAUCGAUAAGACCGUAAAAUACCAGAAAAUUAUAGGCUUUGGGGGCGCCUUCACAGACGCCUCCGGAGUCGGCCUUAAUAGUCUGCCCAAACAAAUGGCCACAAAUAUAAUCCGGGACUAUUACUCGACAAAUGGCAUCGAGUAUAAUAUUGGUCGUGUGCCCAUAGGUGGCGCCGAUUUUUCCCCACGUUUCUACACUUACGAUGAUGAUCACCAGGGUGACUUCAAGCUUAGCACGUUUAAAAUACAACCGGAAGAUUACGACUUAAAAAUGCCGUAUAUAAAAUUAGCUCAAAAUAUAACUGCUAAUAAAUUGACCCUGUUCGGCAGUCCCUGGUCAUCACCCACUUGGAUGAAACACGAGGGACCAUAUGGCCCGUUGAAUGGCGGCUCUCUAAUUGGUCAACCGGGACAACAAUAUUUUAAAACGUGGGCCAAUUAUUUUGUUAAAUUUCUGGACGCAUACAAAUCAAACGGAAUCGAAUUCUGGGGGCUGACCGUCCAGAAUGAACCGAGUGGUGUGAAUCCCGGGAAAUGUGGCUGGAAUUGCUUGGGGUUCAAUGAGACGUUUGAACGAGAUUUUGUCAAAAUGGACCUUGGUCCAGCACUCAAAGCAGCCGGCUAUGGACCUGAUAAAUUAAACUUAAUGAUAUAUGAUAAUGGACCAUGGGGACCCGCUAUGGCUAAAUUUAUCGAGACGUGCCUUGAUGACUCAGAAACGGCUAAAUAUAUACAUGGAAUUGCUUACCAUUGCUAUGGAAACGGACAGGUUUGGGAUGAUUUGGAGCUUCUACACAAGCGAUACCCCGAUCAGUUUGUGAUGUCGACUGAAUGUUGCCAAGAGUUUAGUAAAAGAGCCACCCGUACCGUGAUGGAGCUAGGUGUUUGGGAUCACGCCCAGUCUUACGCUAGAGAUAUUAUGAGUAAUUUGCAACAUUGGACCCGAGGUUGGGUUGAGUGGAAUCUGGUGCUCGACAUGUAUGGUGAGCCCAAUUGGGCCAAUAUGUCAGCGUUGGCACCGAUUCACGUCAACCACACGGCUAACGAGUACUACAAGGACUCGACUUUUUAUAUUUUGGGACACUAUUCCAAAUUCUUGGUCAAAGAUUCGGUGAGAAUUGGCGCCAAUGCGGACAAAUCGGUCAACGAUUUUAGUUACGUGGCGUUUGUCAGACCCAAUGAUAACGCGACGGUUUUAGUCGUCUAUAAUCUGAAAGAUAAACCGCAAGAGUUUAAAAUUGUUGAUAAAAGUGUCGUGGAAAGCCGUCGGGAAUGUAUACCACGAGCCGGAAAGGACACCCCUUAUUGUGUUUGCAACGCAACGUUUUGCGACGAUUUAGAGGCCGUAACCAAAGCCGCGAAGGGAACGGUAUUACUGUUUGAGACCAACAAACGCGGGGAAAGAUUUAAACAAUCGACGCUUAAAAUACAGUCCAAACAAAAUGUUGAUAGCGAGACCAACAACGAGACCAUUGUAUUGACUAUCGAUAAGACCGUAAAAUACCAGAAAAUUAUAGGCUUUGGGGGCGCCUUCACAGACGCCGCCGGAGUCAGCCUUAAUAGUCUGCCCAAACAAAUGGCCACAAAUAUAAUCCGGGACUAUUACUCUACAAAUGGCAUCGAGUAUAAUAUGGGUCGUGUGCCUAUUGGUGGCGCCGAUUUUUCCCCACGUUUC